AUGAAAAGACAUAUCGUUACCACACUGCCUUAUGCUCACCUCACACUGUUGAUCAGCUUUAGUCAAAUUGUAUUCCACUGUACAGACAAUGAAUGGGUCUGUAGACUCGGAUCUGCUUACAAUCUGUCAACAAGUGUGUGUUUUUUUUGUGUGUGUGUCCACUGCAUAUGUAAAUUUACAUCUACAGGGGAAAUACAAGGUGCAGGUAUGCACAGUAAGCCUGAGCUUGAUUGUGUUUGUGCUCUUUCACAGGAUGAAGAGGAGAGUGAGCUCAGCAGCUCAGCUGCUGCUCUUUCAGCAGCUGGUGGUGAGAUCGCAGAACAGAGCGCUGAUGGAGAUACAAAAAAAGCUGAAGACGCUGACAAGGAUAAGAAAGAAGACGGCAAACUGUCUUCUUCACCGGCUGGGGGAACACAGGCAUUAACUGAAGGCAUUGAGGAUGGCCACCUGAGUGAUGAUGAGGGAGAGGGAGGGGAGGAUAAGGAUAAGAAGAAGAAGAAGUUAAAGAAGAAGAAGAAGAAGGAUUCUGGCUCGUCUUCAGACAGUGACGAUGACAAAAAAGACAAGAAGAAGAAGAAGAAGAAGAAGAAGGAAAAGGACUCCUCCAGCUCCUCCUCUUCUUCAUCUGACAGCUCCUCCUCAGACAGCGAAGAUGACAAGAAGAAGAAGAAGAAGAAGAAGAAAAAGAAGAAGAAGGCAAAGAAGAAGAAGGAUAAGGACUGCAGCUCCUCCUCUGAUAGUGAAGAUGAUAAGAAGAAGAAGAAGAAGAAAAAGAAGAAGAAGAAGAAGAAGUCCGACUCUUCUGAUGAUAGCUGCUCUUCUUCCUCAUCCUCAUCCUCUUCUUCUGAUAGUGAUGACGACAAGAAAAAGAAGAAAAAAAAAGAUAAGAAAAAGAAGAAGAAGAAGAAGAAGAAGAAGGAUUCCUCUUCUUCCUCGUCUUGUUCUGACUCCUCCAGUGAUUCUUCUUCUAGUGAUGACGAUAAGAAGAAAAAGAAGAAGAAAAAGGAUAAGAAGAAGAAGAAAAAGAAAGACAAGGAAACGGACUCUGAUUCUUCCAGCAGUGAUGAUGAUAAGAAGAAGAAAAAGAAGAAGAAAGACAAGAAGAAGAAGAAAAAGAAGGAUUCCUCCUCUUCCUCGUCUUGUUCUGACUCCUCCAGUGAUUCUUCUUCUAGUGAUGAUGAUAAGAAGAAAAAGAAGAAGAAAAAGGAUAAGAAGAAGAAGAAAAAGAAAGACAAGAAAAAGGACUCUGAUUCUUCUAGCAGUGAUAAUGACAAGAAGAAGAAAAAGAAGAAGAAAGACAAGAAGAAGAAAGACAAAAAGAAGGACUCAUCGAAUUCAUGUGACAGUUCUGGUGGCAGUGACAAGGAAAACAAAGAGGAGAAGAAGGAGAAGAAGGAAAGCGCUGGCAGUAAGCAAAGCGGCGAGCCAAAAAGGGAGAUUUCAGGCUCAGGUGGUGCCGGACUCCCAGCUCCGAGUGGCAGCAGCUAUAAGCCAGGUGGCGCUUCUGCCGUCCCCUUCGCGUCCCUCCCCUCCAAACCCGUCCUGAAGCUGGAUCCUCUGAAUCCUUCAGCUGUCCCCACGCCCUCUGCCUCCGGCUCCUCGCUGAGUAUUGGAGAGUGGCCCUCCGUUCGCAGACCUCCCAGCCCCAUGGAGUCCCUGAUAGGGAGCCCCAGGAGAUAUGGAGACAGAGGGACCCACACCACUUCCCAGUACUUCUCUAGUAGAGGCCCCAGGCCUUACCAAUAAUGAAAUGUCAUAGAUCCAAAUAGAUGUUACAGAUUUUUAUAAAGCAUGGCUUACAUGACAUGGGAGGAAGCUGCAUGUGAUGAUGUGACAUGCUUUAUUAAUGCUCCCAGUGCCUGGAUUGCAUGCAUGAAAACAAUGAUGACUCAGCAUGCGAAAGAAAAGCAGAUUUUUUUGGGGUGUGUUUUCUGGGGGCAUACAGAGGUUGCUGGGUAAAGACGUGCUGUGACUUGAUGGAGCUUUUCAUGUUGAGGAAGAUAAUUAUACUGUGACAAAGAAUGUUUUUUUUUUUUAAAUCAAUUUUAAUGUAACAUCAUUUGGUAAGAAAAGGCACGUUUGUGGCAGAAGUAUUGAUUCACACUCACGUGAAAUAACUCAAAAUACUUGCUUUGCAGAAUAAAACUAUGCUUUUAUGUAA